GAACCCAUUCAUAUAUAUCAGAGCCACCCACCAGAAGAUUCAGUUCAAUGGCCGCCCCCUGUAUUUCCAUCGUCCUCUUCCUCUUCUUCUUCUUCUUCUUCUUCUCUACCGGCGCAUCUCCGGCGUCCACGUUCUACGACGUCAGGAGCAUUGUCGGUACCAGUCCUCAUGCCCUCUCCUUCGCCCGCUUCGUUUACAAGCACGGAAAAGGCUACGAGACGGCGGAGGAAACGAAGCUGCGGUUCUCCAUUUUCUCGGAGAACUUGAAGCUCAUCUCAUCGCACAACAAAAAGGGCCUCCCUUACACUCUUGCCGUCAAUCGGUUUGCCGACUGGACCUGGGAAGAGUUCCAGAAAAACAAGCUGGGAGCUGCUCAAACCUGUUCUGCCACCGUUAAAGGCAACCACAAGCUCCAAACUGAUGAUCAAGAUCUUCCUGAAACGAAAGACUGGAGAGAAGAAGGAAUCGUGAGCCCAGUGAAAGAUCAAGGCUCCUGUGGAUCUUGCUGGACUUUCAGUUCAACAGGGGCUCUGGAGGCAGCAUACAAGCAGGCACAUGGGAAGGACGUGUCCCUAUCGGAGCAGCAACUAGUGGACUGCGCCGGAGCAUUCGACAACGCCGGCUGCGAUGGUGGCUUGCCGUCGCAUGCUUUUGAGUACAUAAAAUACAACGGCGGCCUGGAAACUUCGGAAGCUUACCCUUACACAGGAGCGAGUGGUGGCUCAUGCAAAUUUUCCUCCGAGAAUGUUGCUGUCAAAGUCAUCGAUUCUGUCAACAUUACUCAGGGAGAUGAAAAUGAGUUAAAGCAUGCCGUAGCAUUUGUCCGGCCGGUGACCGUCGCGUUUCAGGUUGCCGACGAUUUCCGAUUCCUCAGCGACGGAGUUUACACUAGCAAUAAGUGCGGCAAAACUUCUCAGGAUGUGAACCAUGCAGUUCUGGCAGUGGGGUAUGGAGUGAAGAACAAUAUGCCCUAUUGGCUCAUUAAGAACUCAUGGGGAGCAGAUUGGGGAGACAAGGGCUACUUCAGAAUGGAGAUGGGCAAAAACAUGUGCGGUGUUGCGACGUGUGCAUCAUACCCCGUGGUUGCUUAAUGAUCCUUCAUGACAAAACAAUUACUACAGCUGUUAGUACCCAAAAAAAAAAAAAAAAAAAAAGAGAAGACUUCAUAUCAGAGUAUCGCCUUUGCUUGUUUGAACCUCCUAUUAUCUCACGUUGUACUAAUGCUUGAUUUAUUAAUAACAAUCAAGCGCCUACUUUACCAUUAGCUUUUCCUAUAGUAAUAUAAUAAUAAUAGCUAAAGUUUACAAUA